UUGAAAUCUCAGAUUGUGUCGGAAUAUAUAUUCGUAUGUAUCACAAUUAGUUAAUACUUAAGGAAUAGUUAAUACUUAAAUAUAAGGAUUAUGGAAGAAAAGCUCAAAGGAUCUCAAAUUUCAAAUCCACGCUUGUCGCUUUCAAAAACCGUAAUUCCUGUAAAAUUGGACCAAUCUAUUAGUGAAAAACUUAUACGGAAAAGAACUGUUGCUGAUAAACUCGAUGAACAACAGGAAAUCCUUCGUUCUAAAUAUAGGGACAAAGUUAAAAGCAUUCAGCUUAUCAAAGACGGAUUUCAGAAAAAAGAGGAAGAAUUGAUGUAUUCAAUUCAACUAGUUGAAACUUAUAUACGAGAAAUUCAAUUGCUAAAACAAAACGCUGGCGAUAUGUAUGAAGAUUUGGAUUUAGAAAAUCAGGAAAUUAAUCUCGAAUUCUUCAAACUGGAACGAGAAGUUAGAGGCAUACUAGAACGAAAUAGCAUUACUCAGAAACGAAUGGAAAUAUUUCGGCGUUAUAAGGAACAUCUGCAAAGCAUAGCUUCAAUUGGAUCAGAUUCUGGCAGAAAACGUGAAGGAUGAUAUAGAAUGGCAUGAUACAGAUAGAUGGAUUGAGAAAAUGUACAGAAUGAUUCAACAACGAAUCCCAUUUAUAGCUGAUGAUACAAAAGAGCCUGAUUCUGCAUUAGAGCAACUAAAUAAAAUAAAGGAGUUUGUUUCAAUGGCUACAGAAAUUAUUAACAGAUUGAAACUGAAAAAACAGAUAUGAUUAGUUCUCUAUUAACUCGUUUUAAAAAUUCCUUUGUAUUAUCCAUUUGAAUAACACUGACAGAAAAUUCCUUUUCUGGGAAA